GAUACCUGUUUGCCUUUCCGAAACCCAGCGAUCCUCUGGACGGAUAUAAGGCUCCUACUUGUGCGCAAGAAGGGAAAAAAAAAUCUCUUUUCACUCUGAAAAAAAUAAUUUAUAGGACCUGAUUUCGAUUUAGAAAUGCACUGUGCUUAUGCAGCUACAUUCUCCCCAUCUCAUCAACGGAGCACCUUCUCGUCUCCUCCUCCCUCCAAGAUGAAACUUUUACUCUGCCCAACCAGAGAAGCUAAACCACCAAUUGUUGCUUUCAAGAUUGGAGUGCAGGAAAUUGCAGAACUUGCACAUAAUAAGGUUUUGGUUGCAUCUGCGUUAUCAUGCGCCAUCGGUCAAAUCUCAAAACCAUUUACUUCUGCUAUUAAUGGAAACGGAAUCGAUUUUAAAGCCGCUAUUCGGUCUGGCGGCAUGCCUUCCACCCAUUCUGCUGCUGUAGUUGCUGCUGCUACAAGCAUUGGUUUAGAGAGGGGUUUCUCAGAUUCAAUUUUUGGCAUGUCUGUGGUCUUUGCUUCUGUUGUAAUGUAUGAUGCUCAGGGAGUUCGAAGAGAGGUGGGCUACCAAGCGAAGAUUCUGAACAAACUACAGCAGGAAUCUAAAUCUGGAGCAUCCUCUAUAAACUCCAAAGAGGUCACACCUCUUGUUUCUGUUUCAGAGAAUCCAGAUUCCUAUCUUGGAAAAUCAGAACCUUACCAACUGAACAGCAGCUCUGGAGCUAGAGCAAGUAGAUUGAACACACUGCCUAGUUUAGAAGUUGAUAUCAAAGAACCAUCAAAGAAAUCCUACAGCGCUUAUCAGCCGUUGAAUGAAUCAGUAGGGCACAAUGAGAUUCAGGUCCUUGUUGGUGCCUUUUUGGGCUUUAUUGUGAGCUUUGCUGUUGAAACGAUUCUCUGACAUAUAAAAUGUACAUGUUAUAAAUACAUUAUAAAAAAAUUUUGUAUUGCUGUAAGACUAGCAGCAGCUGCUUCUCUCCAAUAUGUUGGAAGCAUGAAGGGCAAAGUUAUGGAUAUCAUGGAUACAGGGAAGGGUAAAAAAAUGUUGGCUGAAUUCUUUCUUAAUAUUCUCUUUGAUGAGUCUGCAUUGGCGUUUGGCUGCA